ACAACUAGCACGCGUGCCCAGGGUAUCGCCAGCAAUUCAUCCCAUCUUUGACGAUCAGCCCAUCCAUCGGUUUGUCCCAAAGAACAGACAGCACGCGGAGAUCAAGCCGUGGCGAUUAAUUACUCAAACUGUCUACUCUUUUAUACUCACAGUUUCUCACCCGAGCAGUCACUCAUCAACGCCGGGCUGUCAUUUAUGUGUGUGGUAUUCCCGCAGAUAAGUGAGAAAACAGAAACCGUAAGAGAACUUUUUCUUCAAUACUCAGCAUAAUGAUACCUUAUCUAUUUUGAACUCGUAACUUCGGCAACGAUUCCAAUCGUCAGUUGAUCAAAGCCUGCAGGUAUCUUCGCUGGCAACCCGGCCGCGGUAGAAAAUCUGCAAUAGACCAUUCCUACCUGCAAAAAAUGGGAAGCAUUCAGGACGAACAAAGGCGCCCACCGCCUCUGCAAAUAUACCCUCCUUUGGUCAACUCAGCCACACCAUGGGCGACGACAUUGAAGGAUCUCAACAGGCUAUACAGCUGUCCACAUACAGGCGCAGUGACUACAAGAACAUCUCUCAUUCAUGGAUUUCCCCACGACCCGGAAGUGCAUCAACAUGCUCUCUAUGACACUGUCGCCGUGUCCGGGGCUCUUCCCAGGGGGACAAGCAACGCGAGUUUCAACUCGCUAGGAUACAGUCCCAUACUGCUCUCGGAGUACCUGAGUUUUAUAGAAACCAUCUCUUCGCAGCAAGAGCUGGGAUCCAGGAGCAAAACCUUUAUCGUAUCGGUAACGGGGACACCACAAGAAAUCGCCGCGUGCUACGGCAUGGUUUCUGCAACACAAGCCAAGGUUAAAACCCCACUAGCCCUUGAGUUGAACCUUUCCUGCCCAAACAUCUCGGGAAAACCACCACCGGCAUAUGACGGGCCCUCGCUCCUCGAGUACAUCACUUGGCUAUCUGACCUCGGUCCGACAGGCCCGGUGAUACCCGUGGGCAUCAAGACACCUCCGUACACACACUCCACCCAAUACGAGACGCUGAUCAGCGCUCUGAUUGCCGGAUCGCCCACAGGGCUAUGUCCCAUCAGCUUCAUCACCUCCACCAACACGCUCGGGUCCUGCCUGAUGCUGACCUCGCUGGAUGGGCACAAGGGCCAAGGGCAACAGCCUCACAAGAACGUCCUGCCGGGCAACGGCUUGGGCGGCAUGGCCGGGACGCCUCUGCACCCUCUGUCGCUUGGCAACGUGGCCACGAUCCGCCGCCUCCUGGACGAGCAGCCAGACAUGCUGGGCCACAUACAAAUCGUCGGCGUCGGCGGAGUCUGCGACUCUGGAGGCUACAGGCGCAUGCGGUCUGUUGGCGCCGCGGUGGUCGGUGUGGGAACCGGACUCGGCAUAAAGGGCGUCAAGGUGUUUGAGGACAUAGCCAUGGAUGUGCAUGACAACUGGUGACGGGACUGCAUGGCAUACCUUGCAUAAUACUGCUUUAAGCGCUCAUUGGUGGCUCUUUGUUUUUGUUGUUGUCCACACAGCCGGUGUUUCUAACCGUCUUUUUUGUGCGAACUUAUUCAAAGUCAUCCAGAUCUCGCUCCGUCUUACCCCUAAUGAUGAGUUUCCCAUCCCACCCACUUGCGUGUGGUAUUGUCCGUGGGUCACUGCAUACCUGUCAAAACCCAGGCUUUCCCUUUUUCCAAGAUCGAGUUAUGCGGCCCGAUAUCUAUGGGAUCUAAUCAACCAGCACGUCGUACGUUUCGACGUGAUAGGGAAGAUGACGCCGACAUCAUUGCCAGCCAAUCCCUCAACAUGGCCC